GGGAAAAAUGGCCGCUCGCGGAGCGACUCUCGGAAUGACGCGCGACAACAACACAAAUACAACCCCCUCAGAAUGUGACAGCUGACCCGAACCGACACCAGCACACACACACACCGGCUUCCGAACGAAUGGGUGUCGAGGCCGGUGGCGGGGAAGUACAGGAACUACAGCGUUUGUGUUUAAGUUGUAAUUUUGAGGGAAAUAGGUGAGUUAGCCUGCCUGCUAACGUUAGCCGCGCGCGAAAGAACCAGAUCAAGAAACACGAAACCAGACCACUGCAGACUGCUUAUUUUUGCUAGAAUGAGCGAGCCGGGUCAGGACAGCGAGCCAGAGGCCAAAGUGCUUCAUAUUAAACGGCUGUACAGGGCUGUGGUGGAAACCGUACACAAGUUGGAUAUUAUUAUCAGCGGCAAGUCAUCUUACAGGGAGGUCUUUAAACCUGAAAAUAUCAGCUUGAGGAAUAAGUUGCGAGAACUUUGUGUUAAGCUGAUGUUCCUGCAUCCUGUGGACUAUGGACGCAAGGCAGAAGAACUGCUGUGGAGGAAGGUCUACUAUGAGGUCAUACAGGUCAUCAAGACCAACAAGAAGCAUAUUCACAGCCGCAGUGCUCUGGAGUGUGCAUACAGGACCCAUCUGAUCGCCGGUGUGGGCUUCUUUCAACACCUGCUGCUCUACAUCCAGUCACACUAUCAGCUGGAGCUGCAGGACUGCAUCGACUGGACACAUGUUACAGACCCGCUCAUCGGUCGUAAGAAACCAGUCUCAGCCACCUUUAAAGAAAUGGAGUGGGCCCAGAUGGCAUGUCACAGAUGCCUCGUGUACUUGGGAGAUCUCGCACGAUACCAAAAUGAACUGGCAGGAGUGGAGGCAGAGCAGCUGGCUGAACGCUUUUAUCAUCAGGCCCUGUCUGUCGCACCUCACAUCGGAAUGCCAUUUAAUCAGUUGGGUACGCUUGCUGGAAGUAAAUUUUAUAACGUGGAGGCUACUUACAAUUACCUGCGUUGCAGCAUUCAGUCAGAGACUCCCUUUGACGGGGCUUAUGGGAAUUUAAAGCGUCUGUUUGACAAGGCAGCCAAGAUGUACCACCAAGUGAAGAAACAAGAGAUGAAGAAACUUUCACCAUCACGCCAGAGGUCAAAAGACAUCAAAAGACUACUAGUGAGCUUCAUGUAUUUGCAGAGCCUGUUGCAGCCAAAGAACAGUUUAAUGGAGACGGAGUUGACAUCAUUGUGCCAGUCCGUGCUGGAGGACUUUAACCUGGUGCUGUUCUACCUGCCUCUUCCUGCUCAUGGCAGCCAUUCGGCCAGUGAGGAUGAGGAGGAACAUGAAUCUGUCUGCUCUGUGCUGCCUGACAGCCUCAUAUUCAAGAUUGUGGUUACUUGCCUUAUGGUGGUGCACAGCCUGAAGAGAGGGGCUUCAAAGCAGUACAGCGCAUCCAUCGCCUUCACAUUGGCUCUGUUCUCCCAUCUGGUCAAUCAUGUGAACAUUCGACUGCAAGCUGAGCUGGAAGAGGGGGAGAGUGAUGUCCCACCCUUACGCACUGAUAACACCGACGACCCUGAUGCCAGAGAUCACAGCAGUGCUGCUCCUUCGGAGGAGAGAACAAUUCAGAAUGGCACACUGGAAGAAGAGGAUGAGGAGAAAGAGAAUGAGGAGGGUGAGCCCAAGGGCAAUGGCAGGAUGGUGGGGAUGAAGAAAGGGUUGGAGAAAAAGAGGUCCGCUGAGGAGAAGCAAAAGCAGAAGAGGAAGUUCUCACGGCUGUCCAUGCUCCGCCGCAGACGCUGCAUACACAAGCAGGACGAGAGUGACCUAAGCGAAGGAUUUGAGAGUGACGAAGAAGAGGAUGAGGAAGAUGUCAAGCCAGUCGACGGUCUAGGAGCCUCCAGGGUCCAGAUGAAUGCUUUAGGGAGGGAGGUGAGGAGGGAACCGCUGGUUGAAGAUGGCAGCUGGGAAAGCAGGUCAGAGGAGGAUGAGGCCGGCACAGCCUUUGAUGUGGAGACAGAUUCCGACAUGAACAGUCAGGAGUCUCGUUCGGACCUAGAAGACAUGGAAGAUGCAGAGAAUGCUCCACAACUGCAACAGCCAGUGGAAGAGGAGCAGCCACAACUGUCUAGGGAGGAAAACUCGACCCCUCCAGCAACCAAUGGCCCUCUAGUCUCCAAUGAUGCCAGUAUCAGCAGUAACUUGCAGGCCAUGUCCUCUCAGCUUUUCCAGACCAAACGCUGCUUCAGGCUUGCACCCACCUUUAGUAAUGUACUGCUUCGCCCCCCGUCUACCACUAAACCCACCCCAGACUCAAACCCUGCCCCUACGCAAGAAGUCCCACCCUCUCCUGGUGAAACGCCAAGCAACAUGAGUCCGGAGAUUGCUAAUGGAACCAAUGACAAUGAUCCUGACUCUGAUUCUGAAAGUAGUGAACACAGCAACCAAUCAUUUCACUGUGAGAAAACCCUUUCUGAGCGUCUGGAGAUUCUGACGAAUCAGGGACUAAUUCAGAUAGUUAAAGUAUUUUUGGAUUGGCUGAGGACAAACACUGAUAUCAUCCUCAUGUGUGCCCAGAGUUCUCAGAGCUUGUGGAACAGACUAUCAGUGCUUCUGAACUUACUACCUGAGGGCAGCAAGAUGUUGGAAGCAGAUUUGUGUCUGAAUAAGGAAGUAAAAGACCUUCUAAAUGAGUGUGAGCAGCCUGGUUUGGUCCAGACACUGCUGUUGCCCGAGGAUUUGGCCCUCCGUCACCUUCCUGCUCUUAGUGUGGCCCAUCGACGCCUGGACUUCACUAGCCAGAGACCCCCUCUUACUCCUCUUGUGGAGUCUGUGGUGCGCGUGUGCUGUAUUCGCAGCUUUGGCCACUUCCUCACAAAUCUCCAAGGCAACGUGUUGCACUUCAACCCUGAGGCAGGCAUCUUCACCAGCAUCAGCCAAUCAGAGCAGGAGAACCUGGUUCAGCAGGCCAAGGCCCAGUUCCGCAUGGCAGAAAAGGAAGCUCGCAGGAACCGACUCAUGAGAGACAUGGCCCAGCUGCGCCUACAGUUGGAGGUGUCGCAGCUGGAGGGCAGUCUGCAGCAGCCCAAAGCCCAGUCCUCCAUGUCUCCUUACCUGGUGCCAGAUACUGCCGUUCUCUGCCAGCACUUGGGGCUGAUCAGACAGCUGGCUGCCAGUGGCUGCUUUAUCAUCAUCAUCCCUCGCACAGUGAUUGAUGGUCUGGAUAUGCUGAAAAAAGAGAACAGUGGAGCGAGAGAUGGCAUCCGUUUCCUUGAGACAGAGUUUCGGAAGGGGAACCGAUACAUCCGCUGUCAGAAAGAGUCGGGGAGAUGUUUUGAGAGGGAUAAAUUAAAACGACAGGACAUAGAAGCCUGGCACCUGUAUAAAAUGGUGGACAGUUGUCGUCAGCUGACAGGAUCUCAGAACAGUGGAGAUGAAGACACAGCUGGCAUGGUGACCAUUCUAACGGGACACUCAUUGGUGGAGUUGACUGAAAGAUCAGCUUCCAUGAAGGUGGCUGUCCAGGCUGUGGCAGCAGCAGGCAUGGAGCUGAAGAAUAUUACGGAGUUCUACCGGCAAUGGAAAGAGAUUGGAUGAGACAAAGCAGGGGACGCAAAGGGGUCGGCUCGGCGUUUGGCUGAUUACACACUCACUUCCUCUCUCUCUCACUCCCACUUUACUGCUCUGUCUGUAUCUGUGUCUCCAAGACAAAAAAAUACUCCAAGAUGGAGGGAUGAAAGAAAGAAGGGUGCUGGAAGUGUUUGCAAAAAAAUAAAUAAAAAAAGAGUAGUCAGAGGUACAAGGGGAGUUGACCCCAUCACAGGAAGUUUGAAAGAAGCUAGGGGGUAAAAUAACUUAAAGUUUAAGUACCCCUGGUGCGCCAUAACCAGGCAUAUAUACAGAUGAAAUGACUGUAUAUGUUUUUGAGAGAGAAAUUGACUUUCAUGUGCAUAUACACAGAAAAGAAUCCAUAAAUAUAUAGCGCAAUGUUUUAAAUUUUUAAUUUAAUUUUAGUCAUUUCGCUAUGGUCAUGGGCAUUGUGCACUGCCACGUGGAUGUUUGUGUAAUUGGCAUAAGGGUGCAAUGGUGAUCACAGAGCAAAAAUCAUCCCUAGAUCUUGCUGCAACGAGGCUCUUAUAGUCACAAAGGAUUCAGGGUAUUUGGGUGUACACUUUUUGAUGAUUUGUUAUUUUUUUACGUGGCUUUUUUUCUUUUCUUUUGCUGUGUACCUCUGAGUUGAUGUAUUGUUAUCUGUGUAUGAACAGGAUGAAAUAAGUCAGGCAAAUUGUUGCUUUUAUUUGAGUUUGUCAUAUUAUUGCUUCUGUAUGCUUUGCUGAACAUACAGGAAUGAAGGUUGGACAUAGAUAUUCCAUAUGUCUUAAUGAUCUUUCUUUCUGUUACAGCAUGAGCUGGUUAAGUAGUGGAGCAGAGUCGCUGACAUCAUCUGACUCUGCUCACACUCUGUUGUGGAAGUGUUUCUGUUCAACACAUUACAUGCAAUUACUUCUCUGCAGAUUCGGUCCCUGCCAUUUUCCAUCACAUUCUCAUAGUAAUUGUCCCAUAUUGCACAAGGCAUAGGAAUCCAUUGUAUGUGUGAGGCAUUGCAUUUAACAAUAAACCGAUUUCAUCAAAGUCUCCUUGAAAACUUAAUUGAUG